GCUCUUACACGUCGACGUUUCCUUACUUGAAUCCAAUCAUGUUUUGGCCCAUCCUCGCUCUUUUAUAUCUGCCAAUUUGCUUGGUUGCAGCCAAGAAAUCACCACAAGAACAGCUGGUGGACCUCGCAGCUGCAGGAAAUGGUGUCAUCAGGCUCGACGAGCAUUCGUUCGACUUGUUAACCACACCCCAACGCAACUGGACUGCGGCAAUACACUUCACUGCAAUGAACAAGAGGAUGAAGUGUACGCCUUGCAAGGAGUUCGACCCGUCCUGGGUUGAAGUUGCCAAAGCUUGGACAACCGUGCCUAAAGCAGAGCGCGACAACCACUUCUUUGGUACACUUGACUUUGAUGACGCCUCCGUCGUCUUUCAAAAGCUCAGCUUAGCUUCGGCACCCGUAGUCCAAGUUUAUCCCGCAACCGAAGGUCCUCGUUCCACUGGAAGGACUAUACCUUACAAAUAUGACUUUUCACACGGCUUUGGGGCUGAACCUCUCGCAAACCAAUUAUCCAACCACACGCCUGUCCCGAUUCCAUACAAAGUUCCCAUUGACUGGGCUCGCUGGGGCUCUGUGGCAGCACUCAUUCCCAUCAUCACGCUUUUAUUCCGUUUCAUAUCCCCUGCCCUUAAAAGUCGAUGGGUCUGGGCUGCUGGCACAAUCGUAAUCUCUCUCGUCAUGACGUCUGGUUACAUGUUUACUCGCAUCAGAGGAUCCCCAUACGCAGGUCCGAAUGGAGAAUGGAUUGCUCAGGGAUAUUCUAACCAGUUCGGACAAGAAGUCCAGGUGGUAGCCAUGAUUUACGGCGUUGCCGGAGCUGCAGUCUUGAUGUUAACCAUUGUCACCCCCUACCAAAUGUCACCUCCUCGCCAACGAAUGCAAAUUUAUCUGUGGACGGCGGUUAACCUCAUCAUGUUCUCAAUUUUAGUAUCCCUGUUCAGGGUGAAAAACAGAGGUUAUCCAUUCAAAUUAUUAUUCUAGGAUGCUCAAAAAAGAACAUAGUUUGAGACGUUAUCAAAAUGGAUAGAUUAUACUAUACUGCUUCAUGCUUGAGUCCACUUCUAGUGGCGCAAUACAAAAGAGCAAAUUACAAACUUGAAAGUUAACGAAACGAGUACUAGUCUGCGUGAAAGUCAGGUCAAAAUAUAUUGAUAACUGUUCUAAGGUCUAUGCACCAUUCUCUGGCUGCUGAAAUACAUCUACAUAGCGAUUACGGACAGGGCGUUUGGUAGCUUGUGACCGCGGUCGUCCAGGAGGUGGUGGAGCCAUCGCAGCCGAAGCUGCUGGUGUGUUUGGCAUUGACGCAAUGUCCGUAGGAACAAGGCCGGAGCGCACCCUCAUGGGCGGUUUGUUAGAAGGCGGAGCGUUUAACUCAACACCAGCAGACAUAGAACGAGCUGGUCCAAUACCGGACGGCAGGUUUUCACUCGUUAUCGCAGGUGAGGUAGUACGAGCUCUAGAAGGAGGUGGGAGAGGUGCUGUUGGCUUCUCGGCCUCAGCUCCAGCCUUCUUGUUGACCCAUCGUUUGAGAUCCUUGUCAUAGUAGAAACUUGUCUCCUCGCCAAGACUGGCCUUUACCGGUGCUGGUGAAGCAUCAGAUCGUUUCCAGAAGCGACUUAGCCACGAGCCUGAGGCUGCUGCUGGCGGAGCAGCAGGUGGCCUUGCAUCAGACUUUUCCGCAACCUGCGUCGAGGGACUGGCGUCCUUCUCGUUAUGGCCUGAAUUGCCAGUACCGUUUUCAAUCGCAGAGUUUUGGCGAGUUUCACGCUUACUAGAACUGUUCCCUAAUCCUAGAUCGUCGUCGUCCUCAUCAGCAAAGUGGUUUGUUUGUCGAUAAUCUGCUGAACUAGGUGCCACCGCAAGGCUAUGGUCGUCCAUUAAGGAAAUGAAACCAUCAGUCGAGGCAGGAAGGUCUGCCACUUGAUGGAAAGUGCCAGCAGUAGGGGUAGGGGCACUAGAGUCGGCAACUUGAGAAGAAGCCCACCAACCCGACCCUCGACCAUCAUCUCCUUCCUCUUCCGUAACCUCCAAAGAUGACUUGCGGGUAGCAGAGUCAGCCGAGUAACUGGAAACGUAGCCAUUGGCAGGCGCGUGCCCGUUCAGGCCUUGACCGUAAGAUGUUUGACCGUAUGGUGUUUGACCGUAAGGCAUACUUGUCACAUUAGGGGGCACCGAACGAGGAGCCGGGGAUAUGUUACGAGUCGGUCUGUAAUAUUCCAUUGCCGAUGAUGCUCGGUCAAUUUGCACAGGAACCGGGGCAGAAGAUUGAAGAGCCAUAGCUGAACCACUGCGUCGAGGAGGAGGAGUGUUGGACAUUGCGUGGAGGUUAACCAUAGAAGGCUGAGGCGACGGGCUUGCAGAAGUUGUAGCAGACGAUAUCGUACUGUAGUGGGAGAAGGGACCAGAGUAUGCCUGCUUUUCGGUGUGGGUGGAUUCGGCAAUAGGUGAAGCAGGAGCAUCUCCUUCUCCAGCAAUGAAUUUGGUCAGGCGACCCUCUAGCCAAUUCCCAAUGCUAUCUAGACUAGGCUUGCUCAUCUUCCCUCCUAUCCAUGAACCAGGCUUUUCUACGUGAGGAGCUCCCACUAGACGAUCAGCGAGUCCUC